CACCGGCGGUGGUUCACCACUGACUUCUAAAGAUUUGCAGACAUACGGUGCGCGCGCUGCACUCCGGCGCAUCGCAUCAGUCAGUCUUAGAUAUCUCUGGCGGUCGGUGCAGUGUGACCUCUCGCCGCCUCUCGAGCCCAUUGGUCCUUCUAAGGCUCCUGCAGCUAUACCCGGGGCCCAUCACGCCCUGCAGCCCAUAACUGAUCCUGCAAACCUAAGGAAGAACAUUAGUCUGUUACCUGUUGCAUACUCGGGGAAAGGUGUGACAGUGAAAGCCUGAUGUGCCGUUAAGACGAUCGACAGAUUCAUCGUGGAUAAGAACCAUGACGGAGACACAGGGCUGCUGCUACAGCUGUUGUCUUGUACCAGCCUAGUCUUCCCUGAGCUACGACCAGAUCACCACUAGCUGUCCUCUGCCUGCCCAGGUUCCUGGUGCCCUCGUGGCCGUGAGGCACUCAGCCGAGGCACGCAGGUACGCCCGUGUGCCACGCUGCCUGGAAGCUGCAGCAGGUGAGGUACAGCUUCACCAGAGUGCCGGUUGUUGGAAGGAAGGCCUGGUGAGUCGCCGGCGAGUGGAGUUGUCCAGCUGCUGGUCUUCGCCUCCACUACCGACGCGUAGCAGAGGCAACACUUCAGCAACGUGACUGUGUUUACUGAGGAAAAAUCUGUAGUGUGGAAUAUCUCGAAUCUGUGUGUUUGGCGAGUGGGCUGCCGAGUGGAGAAGAGUCGUGUUGGUGUGUGUUACGAGUGUACAGUGUUGUGUCCACCGAGUGAAUUAGUGUGCAGCCACAGGGAGGCUGAGGCCUGCCUCUCACCGUCAUGUCCCACUGACGCGCCCACAACAUGAGGUAUGUGUCACCUGUGAUUGCGUCUCAUCACCCACACCUGUGUUCCGCCGCCUCCCCCCCACACAGGUACGUGAAGGUGGUGGUCGUGUCCGUCACGUGAUUGGCGGACACGUGAGCACUAAGGACACCAACGCCCGAGCUGUCUGAGGUGGGCCACGUCUCGCCUGGGAAUUGGAGACACACACCCCUGGGAGGUCCGUUACCGCUUAGGACCCCUCGACGCCGACACCUCUACCACCCCGGGAGCCAAAAUGAUGGCCAAGUAGACACUGCACAUCAACAUGCAACUUAGAGGCACCAUGAUUCUAGUGCUGGUGGUUUGGCUGCUGAUGGGUUGGGUUCGCUCGCAGGAAGGCGGCGCAGACACCACCUCACACCAGCGCAACGCCCACCAAAAACGAAUGAUAAAGAAAAAGCUCGCCGAGCGGGGCCUGAGCCUGGCCGAGCAAGAGAGGAUGACCAAGAAGAUCCUGGCUCGUUAUGACGACUACGCCAGCAGAACUGCCGCCACCAUCCCCACAACGACCACGACCACGACCACGAACCCCCUACACCUGCUUCCCCAUCGACGUCGCCACCAUCACCAACUCCGCCCCUACAACCUCCACCUAUCCCCUCGCGCGGCAAAGCUAGCCGAGGAGAUGGUUGAUGAGCAGCCGCCGCAGCCCAGUCACAUGAGGUACUCCCAGGAAUUCUUGCAAUACGAGGAUUCCACACCAGAGAAUGACUUGCUGGCGGAGCAGGUGGAAAUGAUGGAACAAGAGGAAGAGGAAGAGGAAGAUAUGAUACGGCGAUACAGAAUAGCAGAAGAGUUAGACGAUCUCACGCGAAAUAAACGAGAAAAAGGCGAAGGAAAGGGGAGGAGACGAUCGUGCAAAAAGCAACGAAACGAACGAAGACAGGAAUGUCGAAAAAGAAGACAGCGAUAUAAGCAGCUGAGAUUAGUGAAGAAGAGACGGAGGAUACGCUACCGAAACGCAGAAAAGAUGUUCAACGAUACCAUCCCGGUGUUCGUGGACCGCAGCGGUAUCGAGUACAUCGACUGCUGCCCCUCGGAGCUCAAAAGUUUCAACAAGACGGUCGGAAAGAGCCACUUACACGAGACCAUGGAAAUCAAGCCUGGUUACGAAGCGUUCACCGAGCGCCUGUGUUUGGAAGUCUCCAGGGACAAGGAGUGCAUCAUCCCCGGCAACGCCCUCAAGCCAGAGGUGUCGACUCGCUGCGUUCAGCAAUACUCCUACUCGCAGGCACUCGUCCGACCACUAAAUUCCACUGACGACGUGGAGUGGAUGGUAGGCUCCAUCCAAGUCGGGUCAGGGUGCUCGUGUCAGAUGAGUACCAAUCAUAAAAAGAAGAAAAGGAAGAGAAAGAGGAGAUGAGUGGAGGCAAGCGAGGGCCACAGCACGCUCCUGGCCCUCACGCAUCUGCUGCAGCAGACGACGCCCGGCUCCUCCCAGUGUGCCCUCGCCGCCGCUCUACUGGACAACUAUUGUUUCCACACCGAAGCCUGAAGUGUUGGUGUGCCAAAAAAACAAUCCCAAGACAACUUCGUGUUAUUUACGGUAGUGACAUAACCCAACCAGGACUAUGGCAUUCACACUUGGUACCGCUCGUGCGCACACAUCCCAUGCACACACACACACACACACACACACACACACACACACACACACACACACACACACACACACACACACACUUCGCGGCACAGUUCCUGCAGCAGUUAUGUGCCUGCCACCGAGCAUUGUAAGUGCGGCGCCUCGGUUGCGGGUGGCGCCGGCCCGCUGCUAAUGGGUGGAGGGGCGGCCGCAAUGAGGCUGGGCGGCAACGAGGCUUGAGAAAGACCCUCCUUGCUGCGCGGCCGCUCCACCCCCACCCCACCAUUACCUCAGCACUCAUCUCGUGCAGCUUCUAGCAAGCAAGUCGAAUUAGACCGAUGUAGCGCGGAAUAUGCACACAACCCGGGACAUCGCGCAGCGCCCUUCGCGGCCCCUCGCAAACUCUUUCAGUAUACAAUAUCCUGAAGUUUCACAAGGAAUGUGUGCAAAGUCCUUUUCUUUAAAGAUUCAUGACGAGGUGACGAUCACUGUUCGAUGCUGGUAUGAAAACUGUUACAAGACGAAUAUGAUGGUGCCAUUGAAUCUGUCUUGGUGUCAGGAGUAAAAUCUGCACACCAAACAUGUAAUAUACUCUCUCUCUCUCUCUCUCUCUCUCUCUCUCUCUCUCUCUCUCUCUCUCUCUCUCUCUCUCUCUCUCUCUCUCUCUCUUGUUUUCUUUGAGUUCAGUAGCAAAGAGUCCCUCAACCUCUCUUGACUUGUGGAGAAUUGACCUAUAUUUCCAACUAAUCUGCCACGCGGAAAACUUGACUGUCCAUGCAGCGAUAGAACUGGCAUAGAAAACUCCCUAACUGACGGUUAAUACAGCGUUAACGCCACAGUGGUGCACGGUGAGGCGUUGUGACACUGAUGUAUCACGGAACACUCGUUAGCAGGAGGCCAAGGUGAUGUGUGAUUUGGCAGUUAGUGAGAGCUGCCUUUACGACCAUUGUGAAUCGAUAACUAAUCAUAAAUAUCCAUUAAAUCAAUUUUAGUUUCAUUAUGUACAAAUACUCAUGAUAUUACAGCGCUAUACAAAAGAUGCAGCAGUCCUUUAAUACCCUGAACAAUAAUGUUGUCUUUGAUUAAUAAUUCUAAUUAAGUUCAUUCACAUUCAUGGCCAUCCUGUGUUUUUUUUUUUUUUUUUUUUCGUUUUCCAUAUUUCACAAUGACAGUCUUGCACGCUGUCAUAACAUUUCAACAUCUCACUUUUAGUGCCACUGUGUUUCACUAAGCAGAAUACAACUCUCUCUGGUCUUUAUCUUCUAGAUCUUGAUUACUAAAAUCUGACGGAGGCUUACGAUUUAAAUCAGUAUCCUCAAAUGUUAUGGCCUUUCAUCUCGACAAAUUUUAAUAGAGUAUAAUGAGAGUUAUAGGACUUUUUAAGGAUGUUUUCAUGAGUCCAAUUAUGAUUCUGUUUGCAAAAUGAAAAAAAAACACUCAUGAAAGUCAAAGUGAUCACCUCUGUGACUCUUCGAAAAUAAUCCUGAUGAGAAAACAGUGUUUAAGAAUAAGACCCAAUGGCCUUCUCUAAAUUAAUUCAGGAAAACGUAUCACCAUCGUAUAUCUCUGGCAGUUUUCUUUCUUGUUUUCUACCUAUCUUCUUCGUGAGUAAGGCAUCUCGUCAUGAAUCUUGAAACACAAUUAUCUCGACAAACAUUCCCUGGGAAGCUUCAGCAUAUUGCAUUGCGUAGUGUAAACUGGGAGGCCAGCGGCGCCAGUUCCCUGCGUUUUUUUCCCAUAACGGGUGCAGUUCUCCGCCACAGCGGACGGUGUAACUAACUCUUCUCACUUUGUGGAAUCUCAGAAUAAUAAGAUCUUAUAUUCAUUCUGGUUAGCAUGUUUUUCGCUAGUUAUGUAGUUUUACUAGUUGCUGUAUGUACAUGUAUAUAUUUUGAGUCCCACAUGACAAAAUAAUCUUGUCUUUUGUAUCAUGCAAGAUAGAACUAUAUAUAUAUAUUUUUUUUUACUUCAAUUAUGAAUCGUUUAUAAAGGUGUUAACCUGGGCGUGGAGAGUCCCUCCCUGUAUCCCAAUCACCGUUUCCAUCUCCCUUGAGGAGGAGGAGAUAUCAUAGUGACAUACUCAUGAGGAAUCUGGAGGAAAAAUUAGGUGGUUCUAUAUCUUCCUCCUCCUCCUCCUCCUCCUCCUCCUCCUCCUCCUCCUCCUCCUCCUCCUCCUCCUCCUCCUCCUCCUUUCCCUCCUCCUCCACCUCCUUUCCUUCCUCCUCCUUUCCCUCCUCUUCCUCCUCUUCCUCCUCCUCUUCCACAUCCUUCCCUUAAUAUCCAUCAUCUUUCUCCUCCUUUUAACAAAGAAUCUUGAGAUUGCGAUGCCAAAGGUCUUAUUAUUGAUUUUUUUCAUCAUGUAUGUGUGUUGAUAAGUAUAUACUUCUGCAUCCCUCCCUGUUCCCUUUCCCUCUCCACCUUCACCCGACCCCUCCACGGAUGCCCCUCGCUCGCCUUCCGGUCCGCGACUCUCGACUUUGGCCCUGGAUGUGUUUCGUCCAUGCCGAGGAUUCUUCCCCUGAGUCAUGUAGCCCUCGGUUAGAUCAAUGAACAUAUCAAUAGGCAUCUCGCCCCUGCCACGUUACCGUCUGGCUUGAGAGGACAAAGUGUGACUCGAUGUAUUGUAUUGUAUUGUGCGUCUGGGCAUAUGUGUGUGUGUGUGUGUGUGUGUGUGUGAGAGAGAGAGAGAGAGAGAGAGAGAGAGAGAGACCCUGAUUUAUAUUUUUCUUCGCAAACUGUCCCCUUCUUCCUCCUCCUCCUGUAAACAGCUUACAUACUUUUUCGAUCCCACCUUCCGUCUCUCUCUCUCUCUCUCUCUCUCUCUCUCUCUCUCUCUCUCUCUCUCUCUCUCUCUCUCUCUCUCUCUCUCUCUCUCUCUCUCUCUCUCUCUCUCUCUCUCUCUCUCUCUCUCUAAUUCAGAUGAGUCAUUCUGUAGUUUUAUAAUGUGUACUAUUUGUUGUCAAUAUGUAAGGAACUUUGUACAUAAAAUAAGUGGUUCUUUUUUCUUUUCUUUUCUUUUUUUUUUAGCAUUUUGAAACAUUGAAGUUCCUGACAGUAUGUGUGUGUGUGUGUGUGUGUGUGUGUGUGUGUGUGUGUGUGUGUGUGUGUUCAGUGGGCGCCUCUCUCUGGUGUUACGUUUACAGCCGGUGUGUGUGGCCGUUAUGUGUUCAGUUCUGCGUUACUGUUCCUGUGAGGUGGUGUAGAGACAAUCACAACGUUAGGUAUCGAGCCAGUCACUCCCUGUGUGUAUGUCACAGGUUUUUUUUUUUUAUGCUUCUUGACCUUCGCUAAUUAUGUCCUCAAAUAGCAGUAUAUUGUGGGAUUAUUUUACUGACAUUUGUAACACGUUGUCACAGAGACUAGUGAUAGGAUUGGGUCACUGUAGCAAUAUGCGAGUCUUGUGUGAGUUGGCAGAUAUGAUUUUGCCUCGGUCACACAAAGUUGAUGAAAAAACCUAAUAGAAAA